AUGGCCCACAAGAAACCCAAGGAAGGAGUAAAGACUGAGAACAAUGAUCAUAUUAAUUUGAAGGUGGCGGGGCAGGAUGGAUCUGUGGUGCAGUUUAAGAUUAAGAGGCAUACACCACUUAGUAAACUAAUGAAAGCCUAUUGUGGACGACAGGGUUUGUCAAUGAGGCAGAUCAGAUUCCGGUUUGAUGGGCAACCAAUCAGUGAAACAGAUACACCUGCACUGUUGGAAAUGGAAGAUGGAGAUACGAUUGAUGUGUUCCAGCAGCAGACAGGAGGUGUCUACUAAAAAGGGAACCUGCUACUUUACUCCAGAAUUUUGUUAUAGACCAAGAAUACAUUCGCAAUUAGAAAGCCGCAAUUUGGUUUCACC